UGUUCAAUGAAGGGAGGCGAGAGGAUUCGCAUAUUGCAGUGACAGUCAUACGUAACAGAUCGAGCAGGCCUCCAGGUUUCCAGGCAGUCAAGCCAGGACAAUCUUCGGCUGGUCCAAGAAACUCACGUUUCCAUUUUUCCCUUGCUUCUUUUCCUUACUCAAUUCCACAGAAGUCUCGUUGGAAGCUCUAAAAACAUCGUUAGGACCCCAUAUAUCCAGAGAGGCUUUCCCCUUCGGCUCGUCGAGAUUCUCUCGUUGUGGAUCCUUCGAGCGCGGUACCUGCAUCAGAUGCGCUGUCAUCCCUAGGCUAGCAGGCCAAAACCGUAGAACAGGAUCAGGUCAAGGGUGCUAGCAGAUGCUUGGUGAACCCACCCCGAUUCGACGGGAAACCUAUCACUUAUUACGUCUGCAACCCUGAUUGCAGGCCCCCGUCUCUUCUUCCUCGACCUUAUCGGACGAAAUGAUCGGGCAUUGUGAACGACCACGAAGUAUCUUCUGUCAUUCUGGUAUCACAACGCUGUUGUUUCGCCCUUCUCACCCCUUUUCCCCUACCAGACCCUCUUAUCCCUUCUCAUCCAGUCGAUAAUACGUAGUAAUGGACCGUCCUACCCUCCAGACCCCCAAGACGGGUCGCUCGCGUUUCUCAAAAGCGUUGCCUGCCCCUCCACCACAGUUAGAAGAUGACAAACCGUCGACGGUUUCUCGAGAUCCCCCAUCUUCGAUGUAUUCGCCAUUCCCGCCUAGGAAGGAUAGUGUUAGUGUAAGGACCAACACUAGCAUCAGUCAAAUCAGUCCAAGCAUCAAGUCGGAUUUGAACUCGCCUCUGCCAUCGCUGCCGCCUUCACUGCCUCCCACUAAUACAAUGGCGUCCACUGUUUUGCAAACGCAGACUCGGUCCAUUCCAAGGAAGCCUGUGGGACUCCCAGCAAAUCCAGCCCCGGUGGCUGGGGCUAGCGCUGCGAAGUCUAAGAAGAUGAAGCGCGUCUCUUCUAUAUCAAGUCUCCUAUCAGCUUAUUCCAAUACCUCAUCGGACUCUGUUCAGAGGUCGUCGCAAGGCAGUAUUUUUACAAAGGAUAGCGAACCAUCAAAUUCACCCGAACGGGAGGGAAUGAAUGAUACCCAACCGUCGCUUUCAAAGACUCUGCCGGUGCUUCCAAGUAAUCCAUAUGCAGACGAUCUGCCGUCAGUGACGGGUGAGAUAAUAUCGGCCGAUCUGCCACCGCCGCCACCGCUGAAAGACCCGACUCGACCGAGCACACCUUCGAGUGCCCGGCCCGUAGACUCAUUCCCGGCACCCCCUCGAUCUGGCGCUCAAGAUGGGAGCCCCCCGUCCACAACGCCGAAACCCGUAGGUGACUCACCUCCAAGAAGGGAGAUCUGGCGUCGACGUGCGUCAGUCAAAUCUGACCGAAGCCUCCUCGUCCCAGAGCUCAAAUUAGCUGAUUCACAUGGUUCUACCGCAUCCACAUCCACAUCACAGCCUCCAGCUGCAAAUACCGCCAACAGCGAUCUUCUUCCACCCCCACCACUUACACAAACUACUAGUAGCAACACUACUUCUCCGUUACCUCCUAGGAGCGCCUCGCUUCCAGGCAGAAAUAUUCGACCGACUAAAACUGAACCACAACAAGAAGACGAGAUGCGCAAACUUUCGUCAAAAUUCAAGGGGCUCACCACCCGAGGCGAGAGUGCCAAGGAACCCGCUAAAACGCGCGACAGUUCUAACGGAACCAAGGACGAGUCUAUUAAGUCUGCGUCCAAUGCGCAGCCCGAGGCGCAACCCGCCGGUCCUAUUAAAGAUCAUCGCAAGGUGGAGCCGCCUAUUAACGUAUCCAUGAGUUCAGCUGAGACGGUUGCCCAUGCGCCUAGCCCGGCAGCCGCGUCGUCGGAACCUCCCCCAAAGGAGUCCGCGCCAAAGUCAAUUUCGCGCCGAGCCGUCGGAAGUCCUAUCGAGAGCCAAAAACCGGAGUUCCAUAAAAAAGGAAGCUCAUCCGAUCUAAGAAUGCAGAACCUUGGACUUCCACGUCACCCACGUUCUGCACGAAGCAACUCUUCGUUGCGCUCACCCCAGCCCACUCACGAUGUUCAAGAGGCAGUGAGACCUAGGGUAGUACCGCAACCACAACCGAUUCCGACUAUCGAGAUGACUACUACGAUGCCGGCGGACUCAAUUGAGCCGAUGAGGAAGCCUGAACUUUUUAACAUCGUAACGGCGUUAAACGAGCCUAACAUCUCGCCAAAUCUUAUGACGACCGAUCGCAAGCCUUACCGAAAGGUUUCUCCAGAUGUACACGCUACUAACCUUAGCGAUAUUGGCGAGUCCAUGGAGAACGUUACGCCUGAACAUGCCGAGAAAGUAAACGAGGCCCUAUCUCGCUUUCCUCGGAACGUCGGCCAGGCCAUUCCUCCGACCGAUGCCGUCUGGCAAGCGCCUCCCAUCACCUCUCAACAUCACAACUGUUACGUGCGCCAUUCUAAAUGGGUUCCUGUUAAGAACUCUAAUUAUCCAUUGGCGUGUCAGACCUGCGGCGUCCAAGACACCAACUCACGCAAAACCUGCUCUUGGUGCAACUUGCGCGUCUGCUACGGAUGCCACGAAAGACUUAUGGGUCGCUACAAAGCUGAUCUUCGGAUGUUGAUGCAGAACAUGGAGACUGACCAGAUCGAGGAAAAACGUCGCGAGAAGGGGAAGCAGAGUGCCGCCUAAAUCUUUCUCUCUCGUUAUUAUCCUUGCCUAAGACGCUACAUGUUGUCGAUAUCAUCGACUUCUUAUACUGCCACUUCUCUUCUUCGAUUUAUCUUAACACUUCGGACUUACCUGGGGUCUUUACCCCUUUCGACAUUCAACGUAUCUCGCCUAUAGGAACUCUCUGAACACGAGAAAGUUCCGACGGCCGACGACUCGUUUAUUCGAUUCUCGAGGGAUUACGGCCGGGGGAGAAUAAAAAGGCGGAUUGCAUAUGGACUGAGGCGUUUAUUGGUACGACGAUACCACUACUUAUCGAUGUAUAUACGGCGGGAAAAGGAUUCGUGGGCCGCGAUCCUACACUUUCAAGGAAUAGGGGACAUACUACGAAAUGGAGGGAAAGGAAAGAGCAUAAUGGAUUCCUGGCUCGAAGCCGGACGAUGAUACCUUUUGCUAUAAAUAAAUGGAAGUGAUCAAUAAUGUCUCCUAUCCUUGG